AUAUUUACAAUUAUACCAUUACCAACCAAAGCCAAUGAUGAAUGUUUCACAUUUUAAUAUUUCUGUACUGGAAUCAACAUGUUUCCUUCAACAUUCAACUCUCAAGUAAUAAAACCCCAAAUGGGGUUUGACUUGCAGCCUACUCAGACUGUAGGAGUAGGACUCAAUGUCAAUCAUAUGUGGCCUCCCUCUCCUUGAGUGUGUUUAUUGUCUGGCAUGUGCCCGCUGGGCUUGGAAACGAUGUCUCCACACUGCAGGACAUGAUAGUGAGACUUGGGGCCUUGCCAGUGCUGAAGAAUUUGAGCCUACCCCUCGCCUUUGUCGCUACAUUCUAGCUGUAUAUGAAGAUGAUCUAAGGUGUCCCCUUUGGGAACCUCCUGGUGGAUAUGGAAUUAACCCAGAUUGGUUAAUUCUGAAAAAAACUUAUGAAGAUACCCAAGGACAGGCCCCUCCCUAUAUAUUAUAUCUUGAUCAUGAUCAUCAAGAUAUAGUUCUUGCCAUUAGGGGUUUAAAUUUGGCAAAGGAGAGUGACUUUGCGGUUCUAUUGGAUAAUAAGCUGGGAAAGAGGAAGUUUGAUGGUGGCUAUGUUCACAAUGGGCUAUUGAAGGCUGCCGUAUGGGUUUUGGAUGCAGAGUCUGAGGUUUUGAAGGGAUUGGUGGAAAAAUAUCCAAAUUAUACUUUAACUUUCACUGGGCAUUCCCUUGGAUCAGGUGUGGCGGCUUUGUUGACAAUGGUGGUGGUGCAGAAUCAGGAUAAAUUGGGAAACAUCGAAAGGAAGAGAGUCAGGUGCUAUGCUAUUGCACCUGCCAGGUGUAUGUCACUGAAUUUGGCAGUCAGAUAUGCAGAUGUCAUCAAUUCUAUUGUGCUACAGGAUGACUUCUUACCACGGACAGCCACACCCUUGGAAGACAUUUUCAAGUCACUUUUCUGUUUGCCAUGCCUAUUGUGCCUAAGAUGCAUGAGGGAUACCUGUAUUCCUGAGGAGAAAAUGCUCAAAGAUCCAAGGAGGCUGUAUGCACCUGGUCGCCUUUACCACAUUGUUGAGAGAAAGCCUUUCAGGAUGGGAAGAUACCCCCCAGUUGUGAGGACAGCAGUACCAGUAGAUGGGAGGUUCGAGCACAUAGUUCUUUCUUGUAAUGCCACUUCCGACCAUGCCAUCAUUUGGAUAGAGAGAGAAGCUCAAAGAGCACUGGAUUUAAUGCUAGAGAAAGAUCAUAUCAUGGAAAUUCCAGCAAAGCAAAGAAUGGAGCGGCAGGAGACUUUAGUUAGGGAACACACUCAAGAGUACAAGGCUGCACUACAGAGGGCUGUUACACUGGCUGUGCCACAUGCUUAUUCUCCUUCACAGUAUGGAACUUUUGAUGAGCAGGAGGAAGGGGAGCACUCAGACAUAUCAGGUGGUGAAUCUUCUUUAGGUCCAUCUUACAAAAGUAAGAAGAAAGAAGGCUGGGAUGAAAUCAUAGAGCGUCUCUUUGAAAAGGAUGAGUCAGGUCACAUUGCGCUCAAGAAGUAAUAUCGGGAUUAUUGAUGUAGGAAUUUAAGUAAUUAUAUGAGAAAAUGAGAAGUUUGUGGUGAACCCCAUUCAUUGAUUUA